UUUACUUGUAUAUAAUCUCUUAAUUUCAAAGUUAGAUGAGCAUCAUUUUUCUGGAUCUCCUCUCUUAAAAAAUAAUCAAAAUGAUGGCCCUUCGUCAAAUAUUUCAACGUAGACCUCCUCACCAUUAUGAUACAAUUCCUGAAGAGCCUCAUGAUCGAUAUCAUCAUUCAGAAGAUCAUUUUGAAUCACCAGAGUUAAUUCGUGACAUGAUUCUUGGAAUUAGCGACGGUCUAACGGUACCCUUCGCUUUGUCUGCCGGAUUAUCUUCUAUGGGAAGUAAUCAUCUUGUUAUUACCGGAGGACUGGCCGAGCUGAUUUCAGGUGCAAUUUCGAUGGGAUUAGGCGGAUAUCUGAGUGCAAAAUCAGAAGCUGAUCAUUACAACGCUGAGAGAAGGAGAGAGGAAUGGGAAGUGGAAAACUGUCUAGAUGCAGAAAUUCAAGAGAUAUAUGAUAUUAUGGCACCUUACGGAUUAGAUAAAGAUGCUUUAGCACCUGUUAUUGAAAAAUUUAAAUCUGAUCCUCAAAAAUUCGUUGAUUUUAUGAUGAAAUUUGAGCUAAACCUUGAAAAGCCAAACCCUUCAAGAUCUUGGCAAAGUGCUAUGACGAUUGGAGUUUCUUAUUUCGUUGCCGGUCUAAUACCGUUAAUACCUUAUUUACUUGUGGAUAAUGUUAUUAUUGGACUUUAUGCUAGUAGUUUAGUAACUAUAGUAUGUCUUUUAGUCUUUGGAUAUAUUAAAGCAUUAUUCACUUCUCCUGAAAAAGCUUUGUGGGGUGCUAUACAAACUGCAUUUGUUGGUGGAAUUGCAGCAGCUGCAUCUUUUGGAGGCGUUUGGUUAAUUGGACGUGAGGAUUAGAAGAUGAAUAUUUUUUAAUAUCUUUAUAAUAUUUUUCUUUUAUUUUAUAUUUGGUUCCUUUUCAAUCUCAUCAUAAUACUCACAUCACUAGUGUGUCAUAACCGCAUUAAAAUAUGAAAUUUGUAUCAUUUCAUUUAUUAAUUGUGCAAUAAGGGAAUGUAUUUACUUUUUGGUCUUAAAUUGCUUUUUUAUUUCAAAUUUUAUAUGUGUACAGGUUUACAAAAGACAAAGUAGUGAAACAAAUAACAAACGAAUUUUG